CUGGAUUGAGCGGAUCGCUACAGACAGCGUCCGACCGUCUUUCUCGCAUCCACUUCCAACUUGCGACCGUUUGUUCGCCUGCUGGCAGGUCAUAUUUACGACCGACCCACGCGCGCGACGUACUCUAUCUGACAAAUCACCGCAAAAACCAAAAAUUCGAUGAGCAAAGUUUCCUCCAGUUCACAAUCGAAGAUUCCUCCCCAACUUCCGUCAAAGUCAGCUUGGGCACGGGGACCCCCUCAAAGCACUUCGUCAGCUCCUUCACCGCGAACUCAGUCGCCCGCUCCAUCGAGCGCAACCCCUCCAGCCACUGCGACCCAUUCUAGACGUCCUAGUGCUCUCACUGGUCAGGGUGUGUCGAUCAAGGAUGGUGUAUCUGUACCACGGAGUAGUGCUAGUGCCGUCAAGCAAGGUUCAUCGGUUACCUUUGGAUCGAUAGACGACGCGUCAUCGGCGCCCAUCUCCUCCUCCCCCGCCAGUAUACCGGCCAUCAAGGCCGAAACCGUAAAAUCGUUUGGCACGGUUCCCGCGUCGCCGUCAACGACACAGGCGAAUGGCAAGUCGCCAGUAGGGUCCGUACGGACGGCCGCGAACGGCUCGUCAGGCGCGACACACGCGUCAAAGCCCAUCAGCAAGGCCGACAUAUCCAAACUGUUCCAAAAUCCGAGCUCGAAUUCCUCGUCGCCCGCUGUAUCAUCGCCGCCUCCGACGUCCUCUCCCUCUGUAAGACCAUCCUCGUUACCCCAGCAGACGCCGCCUCAAGGCCCGCAGCAUCCGCCUUCACAGCCUUCGCAGCUAGGCGCCGGCUCGUAUACCCCCUUUACACCAAGCGCACAAUUUAGAACACCUACGACACCUGCUAAUGGACCUGGCCAACCUCCUCGCUCGCCCGUGUCCUUCAGACCGAUGACGAACGGGGCUGGGGGCGCUGGCGCUCGGCCGUCGACGGGUCCCACUUCUCCUCCCGGUCCUCCUCAGGCUAUGCCCGCGGCUAUGCCUAGCCCUCGUAUGACCCCUCACCCGCACCCUGGGACACCUGCAGGUUUGCCGCCCGGUACACCCGUCGGCUGGCAGCCUUACUAUUACUCGUACAUGCCCGGACUCCCUCCGGAACACUACAUGCCCCCGUACUCUCCCCAUGGCCAGUGGCACAUGCCGCCGCAAGGCUUUCCUCCUCAACAGCAUCAUCCGCAAAGCCACCUCUCUCAUGCUCCUCCUGGUCCACCCGGGCCGCCCCAUAUUAUGCCUAUGUCUCCCCGUAAUCCCCCUCCGCCACUCCAAGGGCCGGGCACCCCCACCCCUGCCCAUGCCCUUCCCGCCCAACAUCAACCCCCCUCGAGCAGCGCGAGCUCCAUCUCCUCUCCUCCCGCGACCCCCGCUUCCCUCGGACCUGGGCCUCCCACCGGUAACGCGCGACUGAACACGGGUGCCAGCGCAUUCGUGCCUAGACAGUCGAAGGUCGUGAUCAAGGCCGCAGACGGCAAGGAGGUGGACUUGCAGGAGCUCAGGAAGCAACAGGCGCAGGCCGGAGGGCCCGUCGCGCCGCCGUCGCCUGCCCCCAGCCCGCGGCGCAACAUCGUCCGCAUGGAAACCGAAGAGGCGAAGAAUAAGCGGCUUGCGGAGGAGCGCGAGAAGGAGAGGCUGAAGAAGGAGGAGGAGCGCAGGAAGAAGGAGGAAGCUGAGGAGAAGGAGAGGAAGGAGCGGGAAGAGGAGGAGCGGAAGAAGAGGGAGGAGGAGAAGGUGAGGCAGGAGGAGGCGCAGAAGAAGAAGGAGGAAGAGGCGCGGAUACGCAAGGAGGCGGAGGAGGAGAAAGAGCGGAUACGCAAGGAGGAAGAGGAGAAGGAGCGGUUGAAGAGGGAGGAGGAGGAGCGGAUACGUAAGGAUGAGGAAGAGAAGGAGCGCAUCAAGAAGGAGGAGGAACGCGUGCGCCUCGAGGAGGAAGAGCGGAUGCGCAAGGCUGAAGAGGAGGAACGGCUUCGUAAGGAGGAAGAAGAGAAGAUGCGCAAGGAGGAGGCCGCGAAGGCUGAGCCUCAGCCGGCGGAAGAGGCCAACCCUCAGGAGCCGGAGAUGGAAGAUGGCGAGGUCAAAGAGGACGCUCCCGCUGCUCAAGAGAGCAAGGAGCCCAAAGAUUCCAAGGCGAAGGAGCCCUUACGAAUUGACACAGCCCUCUCUUCUCCAGACGUCAAGCGCCGUCCCGGACCUCUCGACCUAUCUGGAGCCCGUCAGGCCACUAUCCCGCAACCUCUGCCUUCCGCUCUCGCAACGGCUCGUAUCAUCGAGGACUUGGGUAGCGUCACGUACCCGGAGGGUAUCCAGAGCCCCAAGCCUGAGCUCAACGCGAACGCGAAGGGGGGCAAGUUCAGGUAUGACCGUGACUUCUUGCUGCAAUUCAUGUCGAUCUGCAAGGAGAAGCCAGAUCAUCUCCCGCCUUUGGACGCUAUCGGAUUGGAGCCCGUUGGUCCUGACCACUACAUGACCCGAGGUGGCUCCGGGCGAGGUAACAGGUCCUCCUCGAUGGGAACUCCUCCGCUUAUGCGCCAAGCUUCUGUUGGCCUCGGUAUCUCCAAUUUCGGCAAGCCCGGUGGCUUCGCUAUGGGUCAGUUUGCCACUCCGUCAAGCAAACUCUCGAGUGAGGAGCGUUUCGCCAUGGCCAACAGUGGUCGGGGAGGUGCCGCUGGUGCGUCAGCGUUCGGUGGUCGUCCUCCUUCGAUGUCGCGUACACCCAGUCAAGGCGGACCAGGGUCUGGCUCAGGACGUACUCGCAGCCAUCGCGGGAACAAGAGACCAGAGAAGAAUGCUGGAGGUCCCGGCGGUUCCUCAAUGUCCUCGUUCCAGCACAUGCAGCAGAAUAUGGGACCGCCGCUGGAGCCCGUCGCCCCACUUCAGUCGACUGCUAACCGCUGGACACCUAACAGUCUCACUCGCAAGCCGGUCAACGAGGACUCGCCGGAGAUCGUGGACCGGAAAGUCCGUGGUUUGCUCAACAAGCUCACCAUGGAGCGCUUCGAGUCUAUUUCGAACCAGAUCAUCGACUGGGCGAACAAGUCCGAGAAGGAGAAGGACGGCCGUACGCUCAUCCAGGUGAUCCGUUUGGUCUUUGAGAAGGCGACUGACGAGGCUGCUUGGUCGGAGAUGUACGCGCGCCUCUGCCGGAAGAUGAUGGAACAGAUCAGCCCUAACGUCCAGGACGAAGGCAUCCGGAACCCUGAAGGCAAACCUAUAACCGGUGGUCAACUCUUCAGGAAGUACUUGCUCAACCGUUGUCAAGAGGAUUUCGAGCGUGGAUGGGCGGCCAAGGAGGCCUCUGCUGCCGCUGCGAAAGGUAAGGCUUCAGAGGACGCCGCCACGGCCGCUGCCAACGAAGGCAAGGAGGGUGAUGAAGCUGCCCUAUAUUCUGAGGAGUACUAUGCCGCUCAGAAGGCCAAGCGUCAGGGUCUCGGUCUCGUGAAGUUUAUCGGCGAGCUGUUCAAGUUGCAGAUGCUGACGGAGCGUAUCAUGCAUGAGUGCAUCAAGAAGCUCCUUAGCAACGUGGACAACCCUGAAGAGGAGGAGAUUGAAUCCUUGUGCCAACUGCUCACGACCAUCGGCCAGAUCCUCGAUACGCCGCGAGCCAAGCAGUACAUGGAUAUCUACUUCACCCGGAUGAAAGAGCUGGCGAAGAACCCGAAGGUUUCGUCCCGUAUGCAAUUCAUGUUGCAGGAUGUCAUCGAACUGCGGGAGCGAAAAUGGAUUCCUCGAAACGCUCUGGCAGCUCCGACUACGAUUGCCCAGGUCCAUCAGCAGGCUGCAAGAGAUCAUGCUGUUGCCGAACGAGAGUCUGCCCAGAAGAUGAACAACAUGUCGCGUGGCGGUUCUCGUCGUGGUCAGGACCGAGGGGAGCAACAGCAAGCUGAUGGAUGGACGGCUGCUCGUCCGGCCAAGGCUGGUGACCUCUCUAACUUCGGGAAGAUAAGCAAGCCGGCUACCAUGACUUUCGGCCCCAGCGGUGUCUUUGCCGGGAAGAACAAGGAGAGUAAGCGGGACUCGACGAUAUCGCGGUCGGCAUCCGGCAACAUGUUCUCCAUGCUCGAGAAUGCUGAGGCUGCGCAGGCUGCGGCCAAGCCUAGUCGGCCCCCUAGUCGGAAACCCAGUGUCGACCUCUCACAGACAGGGCCACCGACUGAGCAACCGCAACAGCGAAGACGUCUUCAGCUACUGCCUCGAUCUAAGCCUAUACCUGGCGAGGAUGCGAAAGACGAGACACCGUCUGCUUCCCGCGCUGGAUCUGAUGAUGAGGAAGACGGUGCCGAUGCAGGACCCUCCAUGUCAGAGGAGGAGGCCAAGCGGAGGAUCGGCGAGGACUUGCAGGAGUUCUUCGCCAUUCGCGAUCUGGACGAGGCCGAGCAAUACUUCACGAAGCUUCCACAAGAGCAUCGGUUCCGCCUGGUGGAUGCAUUGGUCACGAAGGCGAUCGAGGCUAAGCAGGCUGACGCUGAGCUCGUUGCUGGUCUCUUCAGUCGCGCUGCUGAGAAGGGUCUGUGCACACCAGCCGCAUUCGAAGAGGGCUUCAUGCACACGGCCGAGUUUAUUGAUGAUAUCGCCGUCGAUGCACCCAAGGCGCUGGAUCUACUCGCCAUCAUGAUGAAAGGAGCUGGUCUGGACAAGGAAGAAGAGCGGCGCGAUCGCAUUGUGAAUAAAUCCAUGGACAAGGACAAGCUCAUCUCGUUAUUGUCAUCAUAGUAGAUAUCGCUGCGCAUACUGUACAUUAGCGUUUAUUUUAUUAGGCUCUCUUUCUGUUGCAUUUUCAUCGUCGUGUUUCAUCUGCAGUGGUCUUUCACUUCACGCUUUCAAUAUAUUCAUUCUUGGCUCUAGGCCAGCGUGUACUUACACUCGCGAUUACACUUGGCUGUCUCGUAGAUUCAGUCCUCAGGCAUGGGUUGGCUCGCGCUAUGUAGGUAUGUUUCUGUCGUUGCUAAUGAUUUAGUGGACGUGAUG